AUGAGCAUGGGUGCAGCAUGGCGUAGUCAAAUACUCCACAUCCUGCUGCUAGUCUAUGUGCCGUUGGCAGCGUGCCAAUGCAAAUGUACUCCCAGUCAAGCAUGUUGGCCGACCGCGGACGAAUGGUCGCAAUUCAAUCAGACAAUCAGUGGCAAACUGAUCAAGACAGCCCCAGUCAUGCUCCCUUGCUAUGUGGGACCUAGCUACGACGCGGAGCAAUGCGCACAGCUGAACGACACGUUGUUCUAUGAUCCCAAGUUCGAGGCUCAGCAUCCUGUCGGUUAUGACUACCCACUCAACGAGACAUGCCCACCACCAACUGUAACCGACGCCCCGGCCAGCGAGUGUCAGCUUGGCAACUCACCCGUUUACGCCAUCAACGCAACGAUGGAAGCGGACAUCCAGAAUGGCAUCCGCUUUGCCAAAGAAAAGAACCUUCGGGUAGUCAUCAAAUCCUCCGGCCAUGACUUCGUCCAAAGAUCCAAAGGUUUUUAUGGUCUAUCCAUAUGGCUAUAUCACUUCAGAGGCGGCUUCACCUUCAACGAGCCUGUGUCCAUCUCGGGCGGGCGUCACGCACAGACCUGGAAUGGUACUAGCCUCACAAUCAACGGCGCCUACGCCUGGUCUGACAUCUACCCCAAUGCCUGGGAGAAAGGCGUUAUCGUCGUUGGAGGCAACCAAAAUGGACCUUGCAGUACCGGAGGCUGGACGCAGGGAGGAGGUCACAGCCCCGUGACCCGCAACUUUGGCAUGGGCGGCGACCAAGUUUUGUCUGCAAAGGUCAUCCUUGCAUCGGGCGAGCUCGUCGAGGCCAGCCCAGAUAUCAACCCGGAUCUUUUCUUCGCCAUCCGCGGCGGAGGGCCCGGCACAUAUGGUGUCGUAACACAGUUGACUGUCAAGACGUAUCCAAACCGGAACGUCAAUCUGUUCUACAUUGUGCUCGGCGCGCAAGGCACUGAAACAGUCAGUAAAUUCCUAGAUGCCAUGACCGGCGUUUACUCUUCCUUCCCCAGCCUGUCCCAGAAAGGAUUCGCCGGGUACGGAUACUGGGUUGCCAAUUCGGCCAACGGCCUACACGAACACAAAUUCACCAAUGUCUGGUACCAGGCAUUCACAAUCACCGGAAAAACAGCCGAACAAUCACAAAAGCUCUUCCAGUCCUUUGAGGAUAAAGUGCUAUCUUACAACUCAACCCAACUCGGCAUUCAGGUCAACAUCACCAAAUCAAGCUAUGUUGACUACGGCAAGUACUUUGCCAACAAGACAGGGACCAAUGCAGGCGUAGGCGGCAUCUCGGCCCUCUCUUCCCGAUUCCUCGACACCAAUGCGCUGAGUGGUGACAAGAAGCGUCUCCGCGCCGCUAUGGAUGUCAUGGGCGGCGAGCCGGGCAAACCCGUCUAUCACACGCUCGUGCACCACGGUCUCGAGACCACACACGGCCUGCAGAUCAACGACUCCGCCGUUCAGCCCGGCUGGUACCGUUCCGUUGUGCUUGACAUCUUCGAGCGUGACGUGGUCGACUUUAGCUACAUCAACAACAUUGAGCCGUUCACCUACAUCCGCUCAAAGGUGGAGCCUGUCUACCGCAUCCUCUCGCCCUCAGUGGGUACGUACAUGAACGAGGCCGACUGGGGCAAUGUGCAAUGGAAAGAAGACUUCUACGGCGUGCACUUUGACCGCCUUAGUAUGGUGAAGCAAAAGUACGAUCCUGACGGUGUUUUCUACUGUAUUACUUGUGUCGGAAGUGAGAACUGGGUGGUGAAGGAGGACGGGACUUUGUGCAAGAGCAUCUGA